GGCCUGUUUCUGGAAAAGGUUAGGGUUGGGAUCGUCCCGGCGUGCAUCCUCGGCGGCGCUCCGCCGGCGCCCGAAUCUCCUCUACCAGCCCGAGCUCCAUAAACCUUCUGUAUUCUCCCCGGACAUCCUACGCCUUCCCCGCCGCCGUUCGGUUGCCGCCGGCAAGGGGCGAAGAUGUCGGUUUUGAUCGUCACAAGCGUGGGCGACAUCGAACUGGAUCUCCACACCGAGCAAUGCCCCCUUACCACCAAGAACUUCCUCAAGCUCUGCAAAAUGAAGUAUUACAAUGGCUGUCUGUUCCACAAGGUGGAGAAGGAUUUUCUGGCGCAAUCUGGGGAUCCGACUGGAACUGGCAGUGGAGGUGAUUCUGUGUACAAGUUUCUUUAUGGUGAUCAAGCUCGAUUUUUUAAUGAUGAAAUCCGACCAGAACUGCGGCAUUCAAAAACUGGCACUGUUGCUAUGGCAAGUGCUGGUGAGAAUUGCAAUGCCUCACAGUUCUACUUCACCUUGCGGGAUGACAUUGACUACCUUGACGAUAAGCACACUGUCUUUGGGCAAGUUGCUGAAGGUGAAAGUUUUGACACACUGACAAAGAUAAAUGAAGCAUAUGUUGAUGAAAGAGGAAGACCAUUUAAGGACAUAAGGAUUAAACACACAUACAUCUUGGAGGAUCCUUUUGAUGAUCCUCCUCAGCUUGCGGAACUUAUUCCUGGGAAUUCUCCAUUAGGAAAACCACAUGAUGAGGUUGCAGAAGAGCGCCUAGAGGAUAGCUGGGUCCCUUUAGAUGAAACAGUGGAUCCUGGUCAGCUUGAGGAGAUGAUUCGCUCUAAAGAAGCACAUGCUAAUGCAGUGAUCCUUGAGAGUGUUGGAGACAUUCCAGAUGCUGAGGUCAAACCACCAGACAAUGUCUUAUUUGUUUGUAAACUCAAUCCAGUGACACAGGAUGAAGAUUUAUAUACAAUCUUCUCACGUUUUGGAACUGUAACAUCAGCUGAAAUAAUUCGUGACUUCAAGACUGGAGAUAGCUUAUGCUAUGCUUUUGUUGAAUUUGAGGCAAAGGAGGCAUGUGAACGUGCAUUCUUCAAGAUGGACAAUUGUCUGAUUGAUGAUCGGAGGAUCCAUGUCGAUUUCAGUCAAAGUGUUUCAAAGCUGUGGGGUCAGUUUAGGCAAAGCAAACGAAAUGCAAAUAAAGAUGGGUGCUUCAAGUGUGGUGCACCAAAUCACAUUGCCCGAGAUUGUGAUCAAGAUGCCGAGCAGAAACCUAAAGGCCCAAAUUACGUCCUGAAAGAUGAAAACACUCAGCGAGGCGUGAAUAACCGUCGAAGUUACGAUUUAGUUUUUGAGGACGAUGCUGCCCAUCAGAAGACAGACCGAAGGAAGGUCCAAAAAGUAGAUGACCGGAGAUCAGAGCUGCCUCCACGCGGCGACCGCGAUAGGAACAGCCGGGAGAGAACUCACAGCGAUGAGAAAGGAAGCAGGCAAGCUAAAGAAGAUGAUAUGGCCCGAGGCCGAGGGGCCCGGAGGCAAGAUGACUACCCCAGUUACAACAGAUCCGGUGAUCGAAGCUCUGGCAGGCCCGAUGACCGUGACUAUGGCAAGCACCAGAGGAGCAGCAGAAACAGGGAUGAUGAUGAUAAUCAAGACUACAAACGGAGAUCAGAGGCUGGUCGAUACGACAGGGAUAAGACUGACGGCGAGCGGCGCCACAGAGAUGAAGACGAUGGCCGCGGAAAGGGCGAUCGCCACAAGAGAGACAAUCGUGACCGUAGGGCACGGAGCCCUGAUACUGAUAGACAUAGAAGAGACGACAGUGGACACCGCGAGGCGAGCAGGCACAGGGAAAGGCGGCACCGAGAUGAUAGAUAGCCUGAUGCUACAUCACUUGUCAGUUUUGCCUCGCCCGUUCUUUAUUUUACAGAGUUGAUGAUGUAGAUCAAAGCGUGUAACUCAGCAUGAAUAGAUGUUGACUGUAUAUGAGAGCUUGAGAAGUUUUCAUUUCUGAAUGUAUCGUUGUGUGGAAUCAGACUAGCCGGGCUGUUGUAGUGUUCAACUGUUUACUCGUCUCCCGUGCACACCAUUCUGUGGUAGAAUUAAUCAUCUAUCUGCAGCGAAAAGUUCUGCUCA